AUGCAUCGUUUUUAUCAUAUGGAGUAUUUUCUUCUACCAGAUGAUAUUGAACCUCGAAAAUUAGAUUUGGUAUUGUUUGGUCCAGUGGCUAAAUUAUUUCUGGAUACAGAAUCUAAGGUAGUGAAACCCUGGCUUGAAAAUGACCAGAUAUGGAUUUCAUGGAACCACAGCAUUGAAAUUAAUGUUACUAACGAGUUUCUAAUAAAGCUAAGAGAACACAGCAUAAAAUUAAGGUUAUGGGAUCUCAAGGAAAAGGUUUGUUCAAAAGCCAGGUUUUGUAAACUAAGGAGUAACCUACUAUUAUCAGAUCAUGGAGAAUUUGAUGGUAAUGUCAAGAAUAUGGUUUUGUAUCAGAGAGAAUUCUUAGAAAGGAAAGAAGCCAAACCCAGUGUCACAAAGGUUAAACCAGUAACGUACUUGGUGCAAAAACAGACAGCAGACGCUUUGUCAGCUUUUCUUCCAUCAGAAAAAAGGAGGCCAUCACAAAAAGGUAAUAUUUUCAGUGCUGAGAAGAAAUCAAAACUGGCUGCGCACAAGUCAGCUGGUAAAGAAGCAGCUGCCCACGCAGCCUACGUGAGGAAAUUUGGAAUAGCGGCUUUGAAGCUGGACCUCAUCCCUCUCCUAGCAGGUGACUACUAUACAGCCAGUCGAUGGGAAGGGAAUUCCCCCAAACUUAAUGAAGCAUACUUAGGUUUUGCUGUAGACAAACCUAUUAUGAGUGAGAAACACAAACAUGAUUUAAACCCACUGAUUAUUAAGAUUAAGUCUGCAAAAUGUUUACCAAAUACUCCUGUCCCGAUUGAAGAGUUGCAGAAAACUUGCCUUCCCGUUUACUGCAAAUACAGUUUCUACCAAAUGUCUCCCCAUUAUACAGAAGGUCGAGAUCAUGGGACCGAUGUCUUCUUUAAAGAUAGCAACGUGAUUCUUCUAGGAGCAAUAGACCCUGGAAAACUCAAUGAAUACUUAAGAGGCCCACCUUUAGAAAUUGAAAUUCAUGACAGAGAUAAGAAAAAGGAAACUCUCAAGACAAAGCCAUCUUUGUUUGGAGAGGAACCGGGAGAUAGCAAACUAAGUGACAUAAGCGCUGUCACUUCGAGAUACCUGGUCCAGAAUUUCAUUACAGCCAAGGAAAAUAUUUUUAGUCCAUAUGGAGUAGCUAAAAUCAACUUGAACGAUUUACUGCUAGGUGAAAAAACCUUGAAUUUCUGUGCACCAAUUCACAGCUGCUCAAUUAAAGAUACAUCUCAAUCCGAUGGGCAAAAUGCCAGUACAGGGGCUAAGAAAACAGAUGACUCUCAAGUUGUUGAACUUUCAAUUGGGCAUUAUGUAAAUGCAGAGUCACAUCUUAAAGUGAGAGUUGAAAUAAGUGUACCAUUAGUUCCUGCAGAAGAAGAAGAUGAUACUGCUGCACAUUGUCCAUAUGGCUGCAUCAUUUAUCUUUUUGAUUAUAAUAACACAUCAUUAUUAUAUUAUUUGAUGCAAGAGAUUACAGAAAUUAAUUCAGAGGCUUUCCUACUUGAUACUUAUCCCAUAGAAACAACUCAAAAAUCUCUUAACACUUUGAAACUGAACCAGAAACUUUCCUUAGAAGAGAUUUCUCAGCUAAAUAUUAUUACUGGAUUUCACAUAAUUGAUGGGUCCAUUCACCUUCUUAUCCUGGAAGGUUUCAGAAAUAAAGCAAUUAAGAGGAUGUGGAAUAAAAAGAUUGAUAGGGUGCAUGAAACGGAACAUGGAAGAUUGCAGAUAUUCUAUAAUUCACACUUGUGUUUUCACAAGCGGCUGUAUAUCAAUCUUGAAUCCAUCCUGCUUCACGUCCGUCUCUGCAAGCCACUGUCAAGCCUCAUGAAGCAGGCUUUGUUAUACAUCAGGGAUAUGGUUCCUCAGCCGUGCUUUGAAGCUCUUUCCAGACUUGAUUACAUCUGCCACAGUAAGAAGUUAAGGGAUGUGGUCCAUUACAGUCUCUUGCCUUCAGCAGAAAUGAUUACAAUCUUGAGUCAGGAGUUUGGGGUUCCCUUGACUAAAGCUGACAUGUAUCUAAAGGACCCCACAGAGAUCUUGGAAACAUUUGACAAAAUGCAAAAGCCUUCAGGCAUGAGACACUACGGGUAUUCUCAUUUCGAUAUCUACAAUAAGAAGUAUAUACUAAGAAAAAGGGAACAAGAAAGUCAGGCACCACAUAACUAUAUCCAGUCCAAUAUUGAAUAUGUGAACUUCCUCAAUGAAAUACUUGAAAGAGAAAUCCCGAGAACUAUCAGAGCUUUCCCUUUUGGCGAAAAUGCUAUCUUUAAUUAUAGUACUCAGGCUUUAAAUUCAGCAGAAAUUGCAAAGAAGCUACUUCGACAAGAAAUGGCAAAGAUGCCAGGAAAAAGAUUUGCUUAUAAUGAAUAUCUGUCAGGCAUGUUUGACCCAGUGGAUGAAGGUGCUAUAUUAAAAGAACAGAUUGAACAAUCAAAGAAAUUGUGGUUGUAUCCUGGAGGGAUGGCAAUUCCUGGAUUUAAGAGCAGCGCAGACAGCAACAAACAUCCCCGUAGACCUGAUGAGGCACGAUUGAUUGAAUUAAAAGAGAAAUGGCAGGAGAAUUUUUUCAAUACUAACUUUAUGAAGCCAGUUCUGGAUCGGGAUAAAUGGAGAUGGGACAAACGGGAUGUUGAUUUUGAGCUUUAUCGAAAGCCUCUGGUCCAAAACCCGGCUCCUGACACUCAUAGAGAAGGAGAUUAUGGCUUGUUCAUUAAAAUAUGA